UAGCUGCGGCCCAGCCUGGGCAGGGGCGGCCCCGCUCGGCGCCACCCGACAGGGCCCGUUUCUCUCCCUCUGUCCAGCCCGUGAUCUGUCCGGGGUCCCGUGAGCAUGGCCCAGCCCCGCGCCGCGGCCCUGCUCCUCUGGGUGGGCCUGGGCCUGGGCCUGGGGCAGCAGUUCCCCUUCCAGGACCCUUCCCUGCCUUGGGACCAGCGGCUGGACGACCUCGUGGGCCGGCUGAGCCUGGAGGAGAUGGUGCUGCAGAUGGCAAGAGGUGGUGCUGGGGGCAACGGGCCAGCACCGGGCAUCGAGCGGCUGGGCAUCCAGCCCUACAACUGGAACACGGAGUGCCUGCGGGGCGAUGGGGAGGCCCCCGGCUGGGCCACUGCCUUCCCCCAGGCCCUGGGGCUGGCCGCCUCCUUCAGCCCGGAGCUGAUCUACCGUGUGGCCAAUGCCACAGCCACUGAGGUGAGAGCCAAGCACACCCAUUUCAUGGCCAUGGGCAAAUACAGUGACCACACAGGCCUCAGCUGCUUCAGCCCCGUGCUCAACAUCAUGCGUCACCCGCUCUGGGGCCGCAACCAGGAGACAUACGGGGAGGACCCAUUCCUGAGUGCAGAGUUGGGGGCAAGUUUUGUGCAGGGGCUGCAGGGCCCCCACCCACGGUACAUCAAGGCAAGCGCAGGCUGCAAGCACUUCAGCGUGCAUGGGGGGCCUGAGAACUUGCCUGUGUCCCGCUACAGCUUUGACGCCAAGGUGGGGGAGCUGGACUGGAGAACAACCUUUCUGCCCCAGUUCGAGGCCUGUGUCCGUGCCGGCUCCUACAGCUUCAUGUGCAGCUACAACAGGAUCAACGGGGUACCGGCCUGUGCCCAUGAGCAGCUGCUGAUGGGGAUCCUGCGUGAGGAGUGGGGCUUCCAGGGCUAUGUGGUGAGCGACGAGGGUGCCGUGGAGCUGAUCCUGCUGGGGCACCACUACACACACAGCUUCCUGGAGACGGCUGUCGCCGCAGUGAAUGCUGGCCUCAACCUGGAGCUGUCCUACGGCCUGCGGAAGAACAUCUUCACCCUCAUACCAGAGGCCGUGGCCCAGGGCAACAUCACCAUGGAGACAGUGAAGGCGCGAGUGCGGCCACUCUUCUACACACGUCUGCGGCUGGGGGAGUUUGACCCACCUGAGAUGAACCCAUACCAUGCACUGGGCAUGGACACCGUGCAGAGCCCAGCCCACCAGGCCCUGGCACUGGAGGCUGCCAUCAAGACCCUGGUGCUGCUGAAGAAUGUGGAGGACACGCUGCCCCUGCGGGCCCAGGACCUGGCAGGCGGGCGCAUUGCUGUGGUCGGCCCCUUCGCUGACAGCCCCCAUGUCCUGUUUGGGGACUAUGCGCCCGUCCCAGACCCCCGGUACAUCGUCACUCCCAGCUGCCGGACGCCCCGUCAUCCUGCUGCUCUUCAACGCCGGGCCCUUGGAUGUGAGCUGGGCCCAGACCCACCCCAGUGUGCACGCCAUCCUUGCCUGCUUCUUUCCAGCACAGGCAGCUGGCACUGCUGUCACCAAGGUGCUGCUGGGCCAGGAUGGGGCCAACCCGGCAGGGCGGCUCCCAGCCACAUGGCCAGCUGGCAUGCACCAGGUAGUGCAGCUGUACCUGCGCUGGGGCCGCCCGUCCGUGCCGGCACCGCGCUGGCAGCUGCUGAAGCCAGGACCCCAGCUAGAGACGUCGUGUGCCCCGAGAGCAACCAGCCCUGCGCCCCUGCCAGUCCCCACCCGGCACAGAGCGACCAGACCUGUGCUGCUGUCACACCCCUGGGCACCGGGAGCCUUUCCCCUCGCAGUAGCCGGCACCCCCCUGCCACCGGGACCCCCCCAGGAGAAAUGCUGCCUGCCACAACCGGCCAGCCUGCUCCUGCCCUCACAGCUUCUCCAGCACCUGGCCCAGGGCAGACGUGCUCCCCUGGCAGUGAGCAGCCUGCCCCUGCCAGUGCCCCCCUGGUUGCAGAGGGGGCUCCUCCUCAAGCCGAGAGCCCUCCUGGAGGCACCACACACUCCCCGGCCAUGGCAGCCCCCAUGGGAGAUCCUGUGCCUCCAAAAAGUGACCAGCCUCCUCCUGCUGUGGCUGCUGCUUCUCCGCCUCUGGCCACAGUGGUUGCCAGCCCCCGGCCCAGGCAAGAUGUACAGAAAGCCCAGGCGCGGCACCGGCAGGCAAAGGAGCGUCGCGAGGAGCGAGCCAAGUACCUGGCUGCCAAGCGGGUCCUGUGGCUGGAGAAGGAGGAGAAAGCCAAGGUGCUGCGGGAGAAGCAGAGGCCGGCGGCAGGGCUAGAGGAGCAGCGACUGAAGGCGGAGCAGCGCCGUGCGGUGCUGGAGGAGCGCCAGCGCCAGAAGCUGGAGAAGAACAAGGAGCGCUAUGAAGCCGCCAUCCAGCGCUCAGCCAAGAAGACCUGGGCUGAAAUCCGGCAGCAGCGGUGGUCAUGGGCCGGCGCGCUGCACCACGGCUCCCCUGCACACAAGGACGGUGCGAGCCGGUGCUCAGUGUCAGCCGUAAACCUCCCCAAACAUGUGGACUCUAUAAUCAACAAGCGGCUGUCCAAGUCCUCUGCCACCCUCUGGAACUCUCCCAGUAGAAACCGAAGCUUGCAGCUGAGUCCCUGGGAGAGCAGCAUCGUGGACCGGCUCAUGACGCCCACACUUUCCUUUCUGGCCCGCAGCCGCAGCGCCGUGACACUGGCUGGGAAUGGCAAGGAACAGGGAGUGCCCGUGUGCCCCCGCUCCACCUCUGCCAGCCCCCUCAGCCCCUGCAACAACCACCGCGUGCAGCACCGGUGCUGGGAGCGCCGGAAGGGGACAGCCGGCAGCCCUGAUGUAACGCCGCGCCGGAGAGCUGAGUCCUUGCCAAAGAGGAAGGAGAAGAAAGACAAGGAGCGGGAAAAUGCCAAGGAGCGCAGCGCCCUGUCCCGUGAGCGUGGCCUCAAGAAGCGCCAGUCCCUGCCCGGAGGCCAGCCCAAGCUCCUGACCGCAGCUGAGAGCAGUCCAAAGAACCGGCCCUCGUCACCCGCCACCCCCAAGGCCCGGCCGGCGUCCCCCAGCCCUGCGCUCGGCUCACCCCACAGGCCCCCGCUGCCCCGCAGCACCCACGCCUCUCCCAAGGUGCGGGCUAGGAUCAAGGAGGAGCGGAAGGAGCGAGGGAGGAAGGAGGAGGAGAAGGACACUGCCUCCCCAGCCCCGACUGAUGCCCCCAAGACUCCCAGGGCCACAGAGGAGCCCCCAGGUGCCGCAGCCCCCUCGGGUGCCCCCAGCCCGCCACCUGCCCCUGCUACACCGUCAGGCCGGCCCACAGCGGGCACCACAGACCGUGAGGAAGCUGCCCGCCUGCUGUCGGAGAAACGUCGGCAAGCCCGUGAGCAGCGGGAACGCGAGGAGCAGGAGCGUCGGGAGCAGGAGGAGCGGGAGCGGUGUGAAGCAGAGGAGCAGGCGCGCCGGGCGGCCGAAGAGCGGGCACGGCGGGCGGCAGAGGCACGCCGGCAGGAUGAGGAGCGCCGGCGGCAGGAUGAAGAGCGACAGCAGCAGGAGGAGCGCGAGGCACAGGAGAGGGCACAAGCCGAGCAGGAGGAGAUGCAGCGGCUCCAGAAGCAGAGGGAAGAAGCCGAGGCACGGGCCCGGGAGGAGGCCGAGAGACAGCGGCUGGAGCGGGAGAAGCACUUCCAGAGGGAGGAGCAGGAGCGGCUGGAGAGGAAGAAGCGGCUGGAAGAGAUCAUGAAGAGGACGCGCAAGUCUGACACGGCUGACACCAAGAAGACAGAAGACAAGAAAAUGGUGAAUGGGAAAGAAGCCAGGCAGGAGGGUGACACCGGCUCAGGCUGUGAGAAGCGGCUGGGGCUGCUGGCUAAGGAGGAAGAGCUGCCUGAGAAGGAGAUGCCAAGUACUGAGAGCCCAGAUGUGCGGCAGGGGACUGCCCCCGAGGGACUGCCGCCCAGCCCUCUCGCAAAGACCACAGCUGCCCCUGUAGCCCUGGUGAACGGCGUGCAGCCCAGCAAGCAUGAGAACGGGAUCCACGCCAAGGCGGCGGGGCCGGGUGUGGUGGAGCUGGCACACCACGGCAGCACUGGGGACCCCCUCAUCCCCUUCGGGGACGCUGAGCCCUUCCUCAAGAAGGCUGUCGUCUCACCCCCCCAGGUCACAGAAGUGCUGUGAGGGGCCGUGCCCUGCAGAGCGCCCGUGUCCGCGGCUCCCGGCGCGGCGCCCAAGUGCCAACACGCGGCCGCGGCAGAGCUGUAGCUGUUACCGGACGACGACCCGCGACGGCCCCUCGCGCCCGGGCAGCGGCAGGGUGCAGCCCCCUUCCCCAGGGCUGGGGCCUGCUCUCGUUCUUGGUUUUUGUUAUUUUAACGUGCACCUUAUCGGACUG